CGCCGCCACCACCAGCGUAGCGUCCCGGAGCCGCGAGGGGCCCGGCCGCACACCUCCCUCAUUCUCGGCGCCGGUCGUCCGCGUCCUCGGAACACCCUGGGUGAAGAGUGUAGACCUGGUCCCAGUGCAUGCAGGUCCAUUUUCAUAUUUGUAAGACCUGGGAAAGAAUUUGGAAGAGCAGGACUGGACCUGAGGGAUUGGAAGUAGGAGAUUGUAAAUCUCCUACAAUUUGUAGCCAAUUAUACGGACUUGUUCCAGCACACUGUUAAAACAUGGUGGAUUACUAUGAAGUUCUAGGCGUGCAGAGACAUGCCUCCCCCGAGGACAUCAAGAAGGCGUACCGGAAACUGGCACUACAGUGGCACCCAGAUAAAAAUCCUGAGAAUAAAGAGGAAGCAGAGCGAAAAUUCAAACAAGUGGCUGAGGCGUAUGAGGUGUUAUCAGACGCUAAAAAACGGGACAUCUAUGACAAAUAUGGCAAAGAAGGAUUAAAUGGUGGAGGAGGAGGUGGACGUCACUUUGACAGUCCAUUUGAGUAUGGGUUCACAUUCCGGAACCCGGAGGAUGUCUUCAGGGAAUUUUUUGGUGGAAGGGACCCAUUUUCAUUCGACUUCUUUGAAGACCCAUUUGAAGACAUUUUUGGGAACCGAAGGGGUCCUCGAGGAAGCAGAAGCCGUGGUACAAGCUCUUUUUUCUCUGCCUUCAGUGGAUUUCCAUCCUUUGGAGGUGGAUUUUCUUCAUUUGAUACAGGAUUUACUUCAUUCGGGUCCCUAGGUCAUGGGGGCCUCACUUCAUUUUCAUCCACGUCAUUUGGCGGCAGUGGGAUGGGUAACUUCAAAUCUAUAUCAACUUCUACUAAAAUCGUUAAUGGUAGAAAAAUCACCACAAAGAGAAUUGUCGAGAAUGGUCAAGAGAGAGUAGAAGUUGAAGAAGAUGGACAGUUAAAGUCCUUAACGAUAAAUGGUGUGGCGGACGAGGAUGCCCUCGCCGAGGAGCGCAUGCGGAGAGGCCAGCAUGCCUUGCCGGCCCAGCCUUCCAGCUCCCACCCACCGAAGCCACCCCGUCCCACCCCGAUGGCUAGGUCCGCGCCACACUACGUGCUGGAGGAGGAUGAGGAGCCGGACAGGCCGCGGGUCCCCGGCAGCUGGGAUGCCCCCAUGAGCUCAGCAGGGUUUAAAGAAGGUGGCAAGAGGAAGAAGCAGAAGCAGAGAGAGGAGUCGAAGAAGAAGAAGCCGACCAAAGGGAACCACUAGGCUGGAGUUGCCCGGCAGACGCGGGUGGCCGGCCUGCGCUAGGUAGUGGCUACUUUCAGUGCUGUCCAGGGCCACCUCGUUUAGCAGGAUAUGGAUGUGUGCUCAUGGGUCAUAGGAUCAGGAGCCUCGAGAUAGGUGACACCAGGGGUGGCGUGGUAGACAUUUGGGGUACGCUCCACUUCCUGACUCCGCUUUUCCCUGGCACUAAAUCCGUCAGCGCUUUCCUCUAACUGUGAGCAGUCCGUCUCUUUCUUUUCAGCUUCACCAAUACCGAGCCUCUCCCCGAGGGCUUUGUAGCCAUGAGGGCACAGUAAGGGAUGGACAGGGAGUGGGCAUGGUCUGGAGGUGACGCUCCUUCUCUGCAGCGCCAGUGUUUGAAAUUAGAGUGCAGUUCAUUGCAGCGUAGCUGGAUACUGCGACUGCUCUCGGCUCCACGCUGUUGUCAGUUCAGAGCCCUCCGACCACACACAGACCAUCGUGAGUCACUGCAGAUGUAAAAGCAUUCCUUGUAUUUACUGCCCUAGUUCCAGUUCUCUCCAGAGAGUCCAAAGUCAGCUCCAUAUAUUGUUUAGUGUUUGCUAAAUCUUGUAGUUUGGAUUUUUUUUUUUAAAGUAAGAUAGGUUCUCAGCAAAACCGUUUCUGGCUUUUGCAGGUCAGGAUUAUCAUGCUGGGAAAAACCAGGCUGGUUACUUAAGCACAGCCUUGGACACACACAUGCGCGCACACACACACGCACACACAUGCACACACACACAAUCAGCUGUUGAGCUACAAGAUUGAACUAAACAUUUUAGUUUGCAAACAUUGGCCCUACAAAAGCCCCUUUAUUCCCUCAAGCUUCUGCCCGGCUGCCCGUGACCGGUCCACCUGCAUGAUGUGUUGCUUGUUAGCCUUUUGUUUUUGUUGAGCAGCAGGUAGGUUUCUGGUAUCCCUGAGUUCCGGCCCGCGUGUUCCUCCUGGGGAUGCUGCUUCCUCUGCCCUCUGGGAAGUGAGGGCACAGAAAAGAGCGUUGAUGUGGUUAAAAGUGCUGCAGUCGAACCCGGCAGCACUAAAGCCGGGAACACCUGGCGUAACCCAUGCGGCAUUGUCAGCUUGGAAGCCUGAGACGAGUACCUGUGGUUUCAAACUGGUCGUGCAGAUGUGCUGUUCAUUUGGUUUGGUGGGAGGUGGUGCGGGUGGCUGGGUGGAGAGUGAAUUGGAUUGACCGCUUAUUGUGGAAAUUGUCGCCCUGAGGUGUAAUGUGCUUUGAUGCUACCUACGUAAAUAAAAUGUGUGAUUGAGUCCA